AUGGCCUCACAUCAACCAUCUGGCAGCGCCAGCUUCUCGCUCUUCCCAAAUCCAAACUUUUCCAAACCUCACCCACGUGGCAAUCAGGUGCCUCGAUCUCGUCGUUCAGAGUCCCAUGAGCGUCGAGCGGCCACGCCGCAGCAGCAGCUUCAGGAUAGUCGUGCUCCAACACCCACUCCGCAACAGAGAGCCCACACGCCUCUAGAGUUCAAUCCUCCAAUUGAAGAAGCAUCAGAAGUCGUUUCAGACCACAAUGCUCUACCAGCCAUGGACACAGAAGAGCAACUCGACGGACCUGGCGUGGGUGCCAGUCGCCCUGCCCGGCCCCAGCAACCACGAUUGACCAUCGAAGUCCCUAGAGGGACGGAUAAUAUACUUCCACCUCCUCCGAUGUUCGUGGGUAAUAGCGUUAACCAGCCGAGAAAUUCCAUCGCCAAACCCCCUCUGUUAUUCGACGCUCCACCGUCCUCUGAGCCGCCGCCCUUGCGAUCCAUGUUCCCAACGUACAAUCCCGAUUUGCCCCUGGAUCAGCAAAACUACGGCCCGAUUCAAAUGAACCCGUCUGGAGUGCCCCGGGCUGUUGUCAGUCGCCAGAGCUACUAUGAAAGCGCUGAGCCUGCGCCGGAGCAGCCUCCUGUCAGAGUUCCCGUUCGCCCUCAAAACCCCCCAAUUAUUCCUGCCACCUGCACAACCGAGCAACUUCAAGAUCUUUGGAAAGUUACAAACGGUUGGCAAGCAUCUGGAUCUGAGGGGCGCGUUUACUGUUUGAAGUUGACGCAGCAGAAAGAUGCCCCUGUUUACACACUUUCUUCCACCUCACAGCCUUUCUAUAACCUCCGUUUGGAUCCCACAUCUGCAUCGGCGUACGUGUCACUUAGUAGACACGAUCCCAGCAAAGCCUACAAGGCUCCUAAACCAGCGUCAAGUUCCCCUGCAAGCAUUCUAAAUGGUGUAAUGGGUGGCAACAACCGUGCCUCAGACGGAAAAUAUUGGCAAGAGGCACUGAAUACAACACUUGAAGAGGAAUCUCGAAAGCAUUCCCCCAACGAUGGCCUUGCUGCCCUUCUCAUGCCCUGUGCCGCAACAAAGAUAGUCUUGGAUAGGGCGGACGAUCCCGCCACAGUUGCGGCUGCAGAGAGAGAGUGCGGAAGACUUGUGUGGGAUGAUGACAGCGCAAGUUAUUAUUUGGUGCAUCCGGCCCUGGCUACACCCUUCUGCGUUACAAUUGAGAAUUCUCCUGCCUGGUCUCGUGUUGAGUACACACUGGAGCACCACGAAUCACCACAACACCUUGCCAAGCUGACGCGAGAUGGCACCGGUAGUGGGUGGUUAGAAGUCGACACUGGUGUUGCAUCCAAAAUCGAAUCAUAUUAUAUUGUCGAUGUGGCUGUUACGGCGUUGCUUCUUGUUGCCGCCAUGGAGGAUCGAAGCUCGCCAAACACCGUUAUAGAGGCAUUUGAGGCGCCGCCAAUACCGGAGCCUCCCAAACAAUCAAGAAGCCUUAGCAGCGCUCUUAGCCGACACCGUGACGAUGAAGACGGCAAGAAGAAAAAGGAUAAGAAGGAUAAGAAGCGCACACGGAUGGAACAAUUCGAGAUUGACAUCGAGAGCCAAAAUGACAGCCUGGGCAAGGGGGGUAAAAAGGCAUCAGCGGAGGAUAAAGGGCCUUUUAUACUACGAGUUAUUGUAAAGCUGGUGAAGGGAGUGUUUAACUGCUUUAUAUGGAUACUUACGAUUGGGUUUGCAUGUGUCAAGGGAGUUUUCAAGGUUCUUUAUAAAUGUGUGGGAUCCAAGUAUUAA